AUGCUGAAAGAAGGCACUUACGAAGAAUGCUGCGGACUCGCCUUCCAAGAAUUCAUGCUGGUGUUCUUGGGCAAGGCCAUCAGAGAUUUGGAGGAUGUUGAGGAGCUGCGUGAGAUUCAGACCGUCAUGAAGACGUACUUGCUUUUCGUGAACAGCCUUGACACCCUUGCUUGGGAGCUGGCUGCCCAAGCGGAAGGUAAGAUGGCGAUUGCUCACUACAACACCCUUACUGAGCCUGCCGCGAACGAAGGCUUGAGCCUUGAAGGCUUCAUGAAGAAGCGCCUGGCUGUCAUGAAGGACUUGAACCACGCCGCGCAUUUCUGUGAGAAUUACUUCCAAGUAUUGUGGUACCACCGUGCCCAGGCCAUUGGCAGAUCAGCUGUCGAGACGGACAUCAAUAGCGUCCGUCCACAGUUUGAAAAUGUGAUGCAGCUCUACAAGGUUAUCCAGGAUGCCUCUCAGAGGCUCUUGUACGACAAGGUUGCUGACAGCUCGGUCCUCCCUGAGGUUUGGCCAGCUAUCGACAUUUCGCCCGAGAUUGUCCUGGUUGUGAAUGUUGUCGGCAAGUGGGCUUCUGUUGGUGUUGUCACGUUUUGGAGUAUAUUGAAGCAUCGUACAACGCCAUUGCGAGUCUUUGUGCUGGGAGAUCAAGAGGGGAUCCGAGACUGGCGACAGGUGGUGAAAGACAUGAGACUGGCAGUCCCACAGUUCAUGCACCGAGUACGUUUCCACUACAUCGACAUAUUUCUUCAUCCGCGCAUGAUCAACUACUUCAGCCGCCUUCCGCCAGAAUGUGCGUCGACGAACAUGAGCAAAGCCUUGUUCGCCCGCUUGAUCUGUCACGAGCUCUUGCCGGACGAUGUGGCACGGGCGAUUGCGAUCGACCUUGGUGACAUCUUAGUUUUCGAGGACAUACUCGGCUUGUGGAGGGAAGGUGACUUGUUGAAGUUCGACGAGCUGCUGGCAGCCUCCUCCCACCGCUCAGCAGAGGAGACCCUUCGCCACACGAAGCCGACCACCCUGAAUGGUGGUUUGGUCCUGUAUGAAAUCGCUCGCAUGCGGAGGUCUGGAUACACGGAGGACACACUAAGUGCCGCGCGGGGAGGCCUAGAGCGUGGCUAUGGUCACUUUUGCAUGUGGGAUCAGGACAUCAUUAAUGCCAUGCACCAGGACCUGUGGAACGGGCGCCGUGUGCGAGUGCUUCCAUGCCGAUGGUCUCUCUUCCCGGUAGCAGGAUGGCAGUUCUUCUGGAACACGCCAUCUUUCUGGCUCAGAGAGCUGGUCCAGUUCAGACGCUACCCUGGAUUCUUGGGUGUCGAUCAUUUUGAGCACUUCUGCCCUGGUCCUGUCUUGAUGCUGCACACCAUGUUUGCUUUCGGGAGCAAAAGGGAUCGCAAACUGGCCCGGGAUGUCGCGCUGGUCCAAGGAGCUCGAAAUGAGCAACCCGGCUCCGCACUGCGAGGGGCGGAUGGAAGCAUGUGCGCCUGUGGUGAGAAAGCGGCACUGCUUCAUGUACCGUCAACCAUGAAGCUGUGGCCUUGGGUGCAAAGACUCUUCAGCUUUCACAGUCCGCCCUUUCUCCCGAAAGCGGAGGAAGAAGCAUUGUUCACGUCUCGGGCAGAGCAGGGCGAGGAGAUUGGCGGCGGCUUUUGGGGUGCCGAGGGUGAGGAGGAGAUGGCCACCAUGAGGCAAGGAACGCUGAGGUGGGCCAUGUCCGUCGGAGCGACGCUCGUGUCGCAGAACUGUGCGACUAUGCCCACAAACAACGGGAACUAUGCUGAUGUGCAGUUCGAGCAAUGGAAGCGGGGUGACUCACUAACCUUAGUGGUUCAGACGAACGCCCACAAGGAUGCCCAUCUCUUCAUCGGCAAGAUCACUCCGAUUCCAAAUGCGCUCCAUGCGCUUGGCUUGGAAAUAGUAGUGGAUGCAUUUGACCCGCCGAGAACCUUGCUGCGAUGGGGCAUGGGCAACACUGCAGGGGAGGAGCUCGCUUCCCACUCUGGCCGUGUCCUGCAGGACGGUGGUAGUUGGUCCACGUUUUGGGUGCAGGUGACAUCUGCAGGGCUCGUCACCGUCGGCUCUGGGAACACGACGUCCAGCGAGAGCAGCUUGCUGAGUGUCAUGCUUGAACUCAAAGGUGGCUACGAUCUGCCACAGAUGGCUCACGUCUAUGUGGGAUCCCUUGGGGAGCAGAGCGUGCAAUGGCUGAUUUGUCACCAAUGA